AAAGCUGUGGGGGGCGGCGCUGCCCCCGCCGCGGGCGGAGCUUCGGCCCCGGCCGUGGUUUGGCUCUCGUUCGGCUCCCCGCGCACGGUGCCGGAGCGGCGCGGCCUCAGGUGUCCGCCGGCGGUGCGCCAUGGCCGCGGGGUUCCCACGAGGGCGGCCGGAGCCGCCUCUCCGUCCGCCGGAGUUGAGCGCGGGGGGAGGCGGCGCGGCCACCUGAACGCGGAGCAAUACAACAAGUAGCUCUCGCUCAGCCGCCGACGCCCGAGACGAGGAGCCGCCGCCGGGCCGCCGGUCCAGGCAGAAGCUCGUCCCGCUCCUCCGCCCCGCGCCGCCCCAGUCAUGUCCCACCCGGAGCGAUGGGGAAGCUCGAGGACAACGAGAGGGUGAUCCUCAACGUGGGGGGCACGCGGCACGAGACCUACCGCAGCACCCUGAAGACCCUGCCGGGCACCCGCCUGGCCCUGCUCGCCGCCGAGUCGCAGGGCGAGUCUCCGGGCGCCGAGGAGCCGCCGCCGCCGCCCCCCAACGCGGCCCCGCCGGCGGGCGGCUGCCCCGAACCCGGCAGCGGCUGCAGCCCGCGGGGCGGCGGCGGGGUCAGCGAGUUCUUUUUCGACCGCCACCCGGGGGUCUUCGCCUAUGUGCUCAACUACUACCGCACCGGCAAGCUGCACUGCCCCGCCGACGUGUGCGGGCCGCUCUUCGAGGAGGAGCUGGCGUUCUGGGGCAUCGACGAGACCGACGUGGAGCCCUGCUGCUGGAUGACCUACCGGCAGCACCGCGACGCCGAGGAAGCGCUCGACAUCUUCGAGGCGCCCGAUCUGCUGACGGGCGAGCCGCCUCCCGACGGCGACGACGACGACAUGGCGGCCAAGCGGCUGGGCAUCGAGGACGUGGCGGCGGCCGCCGAGGGCAAGGGUGGGCGCUGGAGGCGGCUGCAGCCCCGCGUCUGGGCGCUCUUCGAGGACCCCUACUCCUCCCGGGCCGCCAGGUUCAUCGCCUUUGCCUCCUUAUUCUUCAUCCUAGUUUCAAUCACAACCUUUUGCCUGGAAACGCAUGAGGCUUUCAAUACUAUUAUAAAUAAAACUGAGCAUGUUGUCAAUGGAACAGAAACUGUACCACAGUAUGAAAUUGAGACAGAUCCAGCCCUAACGUAUGUGGAAGGAGUCUGCGUAGUAUGGUUUACAUUUGAAUUUUUAGUGCGUGUUAUUUUUUCCCCCAACAAACUUGAAUUUAUCAAAAACCUCUUGAACAUCAUCGACUUUGUGGCCAUCCUGCCCUUUUACUUAGAAGUGGGCCUGAGCGGGCUCUCCUCCAAAGCUGCUAAGGAUGUACUUGGUUUCCUCAGGGUAGUAAGGUUUGUGAGGAUCCUGCGAAUCUUCAAGCUCACACGGCACUUUGUGGGCCUCAGGGUGCUGGGCCACACUCUGAGAGCCAGCACCAAUGAAUUUUUGCUGCUGAUAAUAUUCUUGGCACUCGGUGUUUUGAUAUUUGCCACCAUGAUCUACUACGCAGAGCGUGUGGGAGCUCAGCCCAAUGAUCCAUCAGCAAGCGAGCACACGCAGUUCAAAAAUAUCCCUAUUGGCUUCUGGUGGGCUGUAGUCACCAUGACCACCCUGGGAUACGGGGACAUGUAUCCACGGACUUGGUCAGGUAUGCUGGUGGGAGCCCUGUGUGCGUUAGCAGGGGUGCUCACCAUAGCCAUGCCUGUGCCUGUGAUUGUUAACAACUUUGGGAUGUACUACUCCCUGGCCAUGGCAAAGCAGAAACUGCCGAGGAAGAGGAAGAAGCACAUCCCUCCGGCUCCACAAGCUAGCUCUCCCACCUUCUGCAAGACAGACUUGAACAUGGCCUGCAAUAGCACACAAGGGGACAUCUGCCUGGGCAAGGACAACCAGUUGAUGGAGCACAACAGAUCAUCAGCCACUGUGUCCCACUCUGUUGGACUCCAUGGUGUUUUGCCUCAGUGUUUGUCUCUUGUGUCAGCUUUGCCUGUGCCACAUCGUGGCCUGUUAAGCAAGAUCCUACAAAGAAGCAGUCAUUUAAAAGGAGCAGGUGCUUUACAUCAAAAGCCCAGCACUCAAAGGAGAUAAAGAGAAAUUCUCUCUAGUUUUCUUUCUAUUUGGCAUUCUGCUUCCCUGGCUAGAAAAAAUAUCUUUUAUCUGUGUUAGAUGAGACAUUGCACGACAUUUACUAUCAAUUGGAUGAUAACAGUAAAACUGAUGUUGAUUUUUUCAAGAAAAAUGAAAAUGGCAGCCCCUGACAACAUCCAUGCUAUAAGUGUUGGUUUUCAUAAUUUUUAAUACCUUCUUCUCAGAGCUUCAUGGAAGAGGAUACUUUGUGCUAAUUGCUGUGAAAACAUAUAUCAAAUGACAGCCUCUGCCCCUCUGAGCCCAUGCCUCAUAUUCCAUAUUUCUUCCAAUUAAAGAGGAAUUUUUCUCAAUAUGAUUAAAACAUUAUUUUUAAUUGCAGGGAUUUUUUUUUUUUUUUUUUUUUUAAUUUGUUUCUUGAAUGCAUUCUUUCUUAAGCAAAAUGCAAUCUGAUUACAAAGCUUACACGCCAGUCAUUAGGUGCCUGUUGGAAAGCUGAUGAUUGCUAAUAUGAGAAUAACAAAACAAAGCAGUACAUGAGUAGUGUCAUUCAGUAACCGAAGUUUAUUUUUUCUAAAGAAGAGUCUGGAAAACCAGUUUCUGAACAUCUUUCUUGGUUCUGUUGCUUUGUUGCUGAAUAGCAUUUAUCUUCAAAGAAACUCAGUUUCAGUCUCUGAGCGAGUGUUCACAAAGUUAACACAGCUUUUUGAACAUCCUAAAUGUAUUUAGGAGGAUGGAACCUUUGAGAGGACUUACUUUGAGGGUGAAAUAUAGUUAGUUUUACAGUGCUUUGACUGACUUUCAGACGAUAUCUUUAAAGUAAAAAUGAUAACAGCUUUUUCAUGCCAUCAGGUCCUACCAAAGGUAUUCCAGAAUGGAGGAGGCUCAAUGUGAUCAGAGCAAAGAGACACUUUUCUGUAUCUGCAACUUUAUUGACAAGGUGGUGUAAUCACUGAAGUUAGGUGAAAAACAGAUAUGCAAAAAAGAAGUAAUUUUAAAAUGUUAUCUUUUUGGCAGUGCCAGCACACACACUAUAUGUUCUGACUUUAUUUCUGGUAGAAAAUGCUGUUAAAGUAAUUAGGAAUCUUGUGCAAAAAUUUUAGGCUGAAUAUAGCCAGUGGCACUAAAAGUUCACAAAAGCACAUGCUCAGAUUUAAAUGCAAAGGUAAAGCAGAAGCCAAAAUCAUGCCAUUACCUGUUAUGUGCUGUACUAGCAGAGAUUUAUUUCUUGAAGUGUGGCCUGAAUCUGAAUCGGUAGAUUUUUUUUUUUUUUUAAUAGUCCUUUGGGAGACCCAAAUCAAGAGAGGUAAGAGUUUCAGUGUUUGACAAAAUAAACCACACAGACAACAUUUAAUGUUGGGUACUUAAAGUGACAAGCUGUGCAAACAUUGCAGCAAGUACAGAAAUGAAAACUAAGUGUGCAUAGUGAAACAGGCUUUAGUGUCAAAUAUUGAUAAUUGAACCCUUCUGGGGGAGGGGUUAUCUUUACAAAGUGCUAAGUAACAUAUUCCAAGUAAAAAUGACUAGCAUGACCUCUUACUUAAUAAAAAGGAUAUAAAAAAUAGUAAAUGCAUCUUUAAAUCUCUGAAACUGACUACUUACAGUCUUUAACAGGCAACUAACUGAGCCUUGUUUUGCUUCUUUCUUAUUACAUAGUCUAGUGGAAGCUUAUGUGAGACUUAAAAGAAAAACAGGAAAAUCAAAAGAUAAUUUACUCUUGAAUUAAAAAAAAAAACCAACAACUUUUUGCCAUUUUAUGCUGAUUACUGAUGAUCUGCAAUGUUGUUUUCUAAUGAUUUACCUUGUAACUACUUUUUGAGUGAUGGGAAUAUCUGGCGUUCUACAUAAGCUCUUUGUGAUGUCUCAUUUCCUCAUUCAUUCUUGUCUGUAAAUGGGCAUGGUGCUUUAACCAGUGUUAUCAGGUGAAGACAGUGCAGGAAGUGAGCAGCCACUCUCACCUGGUGAAAGGCUCCCUCCCAUCAGACGCUCUAGUACCAGAGACAAAAACAGAAGAGGGGGAACAUGUU